AAUUUUCUGUUUUCCCAUCUCACUCGCUCACAUGAUCUUCCUCGCAAAAAUCGAUCGUUUUCCUGCUCUGUGGAACGUAGUUAAUGGCUGUCUAAACGCACGGUAAAAACAAUAACCGGUUGAAAAGAAAACCGGCAUUUAAUCUGACAAAUAAAUGCAGAUAUUUAACAAAAUUUUACUUCAAAUGGGCCUUCCUCUCCCCGCCCUGGGAUUUGGGACUGUCAAACCGACUUGACACUAGCCGUUGGACGGUCGCCAUCUUUGAUGGUUCACUCGUAAGGUGAAAGUCUCUCGCCAUAAAAGAUGUUAAGGACAGUUUUUCCGUAUUUUCCGCAACAUUUCGCGUUUUAAGUGAUAAAUUUGUGUUACAAUGGAUCAGGACCUCAGUGGCAGUGAUUUGCAAAGUGGACAGGACGCGGACAACAAUCAGUCGCUGGUGGGCAAGCUGAAGAAAAACGUAUCAGAAAUCAUCAACAACACGCCGUUGUCGAAGUGGUUCAGUAAAGCAAGCCCAAACUCCUCAGUGAGGCGGCGCCAGGACGACUCGGACGAUGAAGCGGAGCUACAGCAGCUCCAGCCGCCGACUAAGCGCACAAAGUUACCCCUCAACAAGGAGACGCUUAGCUUGGAUGUGAGCGCAGCCCUAAGCCCCAUUUCAUCGACAGCCGCCAUUAACAAGAAAAAGUAUCGACGAUUCCCCGAGCCGGUGGCGGGCCCCAGCGGCAUGGAACAACGGAGGUCGAACUCAGGGAUCAGCAGCACCUUAAUUCUACCAGAUCGGAGCCACCAGGUUCAAAGGCCAGUAGGCAGAGGGACAAUAAAACCCGCACACAAAGAGCUGAACUCGGACAGUGAGGAGUCAACUAGUGGGUACUCGUCGGGAAGGGUGGGCAGCAAGGAAUUGGUCAGUCAAGAAGGCUCCAAGCAAGCCUCACCUGCAGUCAGUCCUAAGAAAAAUCGCUCUUUAUUUGAGAAUUCCAAUGCCAGCCGCUUGUUGGCCUCUGAAGCCAAAAACACGAGCCUCAGCUCGCGGAUGCCCACUUUCAAUCCUUCGAUGUUCGGAUCGUCCACGUUCGCAGACCGGACGCUUGCGAGUCAGCGGCUGCUUAGUUCGCCGUUCUACAACGGACGCACAAUAUACGGCGGUGCCUCGGCAUACGGCCAUCAGACGAAGAGAUGUCCGGAGGACAUCCAGAAAAUCCUGCGGCAGAGCGUUCGCAUCAAGCCAGCCAAUAGAGAAGUGAAGGAGCCCAACAUGCAGCUCAGCAAGACUGCCCGAAGGAUUCUGGACACUCUAGAAAAGUACAGUUCGCCUGUAAGCGACGCCAAACGGAUCCCAGUGGCCGCAAAGAAGGGCAGUCUGACGAGCUUUAUCGGCGCCAAUCCGUAUCGACUCAGAGAAUCUCGCGGGGCCUCCAGCCGAGAGCUACAAGUGCCCUCAGUGACUGAUUUGCUGAAAAGCAAAAUGGAGCUUCAAAAGUCCCGGCUGCAAACGACUACUGAGUCGGUGCGGCAAAUCGCUACCCAGCCGGAAAACGCCGAAGUCUACCAAAUUCCCACACAAACCGACAACUCGAAGCACAUCUCGAAAAUGAAAACCAAAAUCACCUCAAUUUCACGGCAAAAAGUCCACGUGGAUGAAACAGUGCCUCAAGUCAACCUUAAGCCAGUCAGUUUUCCCAUUGACAAACUUCCUACUUUUGACUUUAUCGUUCCGCCGCCCGCCAAACUAUCCAAUGUGGCCAAUGUGCCUGCCGUUCAAGCGGAGAAACCUCUAAAAGAAAAUCAACAAAGACCUGCCCAAACAUUGCAAGAAAACGGUAAAAUCAGUGGCGCCUUCAAAUUCUCAUCGCCGAUAGUACUAGCAGAUUGCCGGUCAGCGCUCAAGACUAUCAACCACUUCAAGUUUAGCGAGCCGUUGGUGAAGAAGCGAAGAAGCAUCCACGCCGAACUGGAUGAGCAUGAUGGCAAGGCGAAGAAGAACAACGGAGAAAAUGCGCCGGAGGCCGCAAAGGGCGGCAACCUGUGGGACAAGUUCAAGGCGACGAACAAUACGUGGGAAUGUUCAGUGUGCAUGAUCAGAAACCAGGUUGAGUCCCUCAAGUGCGUCGCUUGCGAGACUCCCAACGCCCAAAAGAAGCCCAGCACUGAAACAGCCAAAACGUUUGCUCCGAUUGCUGCCGCUAAAGAAGCUGAGCAGACCUGGGAGUGCCCCACUUGCAUGAUCCGCAACAAAAGGGACAUUCUCCAAUGUCUAGCCUGCAGCGAGAAGAAGCCCGAAAAAUCCACCCCUGCCGAGCAUGCAGCUCUGCCUGUUCACUCUUCACUUCUUCAAAUCACCACCACGACUGACCCUAUCUCUAAACCAUUAGGAGGCAGUUUUGCAUUCACGAAAAUGCCCUCCAGUUAUCUAGCUAAAGCUGAUGAGAGCGCCGUUGGAGGAUUUGCGGUAGACUUCAAGAAAAAACCCGAUGAAUGGGAGUGCCAGGUGUGCAUGGUGCGAAACAAGGCCGAUGCCAGCAAGUGCCAAUGUUGCGAAAGCGCCAAUCCUUUGGUGCCGGCGCCAGCAGCAGCGAGCAACGCCAGUGCCGCGCUUUCCACUUUUAAUUUCGGCAUCGACAAGAACACGGCCACGAGCUUCAAUUUCGGAAUACCGCCCGAAGAGGCCAAGGCAACAGCCCCGAAAACGAACGCAGCUCAAAUUUUCGGAGAAAAUCGCGAAGCUCCCAAAGCAGCCCAAAGUUUCAGCUUCGGCAUUCCAGCCAAGGAAACUGAGCCGUCAAAGCCCAGCCAAGACGCGCCUAGCAAGUCGGCCGAAACACCUAAAGCUACUGAAGGCACCAAGGAGGUGCCCACAUUCACCUUUGGCUCAAAGCCGGCGGAUGACACUGCGAAUAAAACGCCAGUGUUUAGCUUUGGCCCAGACAAAAAAACUGAAGCUGAUGCGCCCAGUAAAGACCAAACCCCAGCUGAAGGAGCAAAGCCUGCAGAAGAACCCGCUCAAAAGCCCCAAGAGACGACAGUCAAACCAACAAUACCGAGCUUCAGUUUCGGUUCGACGAGCAAAACUGAGCCAAAGCCGGAGGACAAAGGCCAAGAAACCACUAGAAUCAACCCGCUGUUAAAACCGAACGAAAAGCUGCCGGAGAAGAGCGCAGUUGCUCCUGCAGGGUUCAGUUUCGGAUUGCCCAAAGUAUUAUCAACCCCAGUUUCGUCAGCCGCACUAACCCCAGUCUUGAGUGGGAGCGGCGAAAAGCUUCCGAACAAGCGGACGCGUCCAGAAGAGGCCGAAGCGACUCCCCUGGCCAAAAGCGCGCUGUUUUCCUUCCAAUGCCCGACCACCAAUGGGGAUGCCAGUCAAUCAAAGUCAAUGUUUGGAAAGCCCGCGGUAGACAAGCCGGCUGCGCCUGGGGGAUUCAGCUUCAAUUUUGCCUCAAGUCCGGCCCCAGUUGCAACAAGUGCGAUUGUAGCGCCUACGUUCACCAGCUCGGCAAGUCAGGCUGAUGGUGCUAAGCAGACCGCGCCUAUUUUCAAGUUCGGAGCCAGCACUUCGGAGGCGCCCAAGCAAGCCAACGGCUUCAGCUUCGGAUCGAAACCGGCCGAGUCCAAGCCGUUCACAUUCGGCCCGAGUUCGGCGCCGUCGUUCGCUGCAGCACCCCCAAAGCCAGGCCCGAGCCAGUUUUCCUUUGGAAGCAACACUGAAACCAAACCUGGCACCUUUUCUCUCAGCGCCGCCAGCAGCGAGAAUAAACCCGCACUUCCGUUCGCUUCAAGUGGCUUUGGGGCGCCCACCAGUAAACCCGCUUUCAGCUUCGGCGGUUCGACGCCAGCGCCGACAUUCAGCUUCGGUUCCAACCAGAAGCCCGAAUCGACUUUUACCGGUGCAGCUGCCGCGCCAGCCAACAUAUUUGGGCAGAGUUUUGGCGCAACGGGACCUCAAGCGCUACCGACAUUUGGCGCAACAUCGGCUCAAAACAAUGGCAGUUUCAAUUUUGGGGCGGCGACUGCUGCUGGCAGUCAGAAGGCCGGUUUCACUUUUGGAGCCUCGAGUGCGAACACUGAUCCUGCCGCGCCUUCGGCUGGCUUCAACUUCGGGUCUUCUGCCUUGGGUGCCGCAGCGCCGACCGGAGGCUUCAACUUUACCAAUGCGGCGCCGGCUUUUGAUGCCAAUGCAAAGCCGGCCUUUAAUUUCACGGGGGGCGCUGGACUGGCCGCUUUCUCAGCAGCACCAUCGCAAGACGGAGCUUCAAUGCCUCCGAGAAAAAUGAAGCGGGCGGUUCGAAGAACGGUGCGAUAGACGCGCAUAUAAACAUUGUACAUAGAUUAGUGUGAGUGCGAGCGAAUGGAACAAUGGAUGUGUGGACAGCGAGGAAUGGAGGCAAAUUAUCGCGCCCGAUCGAGCUACUACUUUCUAAGGUCAACUAAUAGCUUUGUAUAACACAAUAAAUGUAAAGAUUUGGCGAUUUUUGGAUGGUUGUCAUUUCAUUAACUCGGAUCAGUUCCCUAAACGAGCCGAAUCGUCCAAAACUCGUCGAAAUUUCGAUGUUACAUAAAUAGGGUAGAUCGUGCUAAACAGGAUCCAUGCGCGAGUUGAGUGACUAAAUCUUCGAAGCUGAAAAUGGCUCGGCAAAUGAAAGAGGCACAAAUGGCAGUUAAAGAUUGCGCUUUCGUCCGUCUUUCCGAAUGCUCGCCAAUGGAUUCAAAUUUCGUGCAACUCCUAUUUCAUUGUAUACUUGUAUAGAGCGGAGCCAACUAUGCUUGUGCGUGACAGAUGAUUGUUUCACAUCCGAAGGUGGAUUGUUGAGAUUUGAUUGGCUUUCGCUGAGUAGUAAUAAGCUGUCUGGUCUGAUCCAUAGAAUGUAGAAUUUUUUUAAUACGAAAUAUGUCUUGCGUGAGACCCCACAUUUUCAUCGAUUCGAUGACGUUUCUUUGAUAUUUGUCCUUUUUUUCGAAUCCGGAACUGAAACGAGGUCCUGGGCAGGCGACCAUUGGAUGGCUUCAGCCAAUCAAAGCCCAGUUUCCGUUGCAAACCCCCCGGAUUGCCACUAUGUUAGCCUGUAUCGGACUGCAAUACAGGCUAAAUCCGCCAGUUGUGAGGCGUUUAACUGUGAUAUUCUUGUGGGUCAGGCCCUUAUAAAUAUUAGAGUAUCUUUAACUGAAAAUUGAAAAAAACUACUUGUUUUGCAACAUGCAUUCACUGGGGCGACUUUUAGGUCGCGGUGACACCUCCUCCCCACGUAAGCAUUUUAAGUAUUUAUUGUUUGUACAGACAGAAGGUUUUAGAAUUACUGUUUUUUCAUUGGUUGUCUUCUAUUGGACACUGCACCUUACUAGGGGAGGGUUGCUCAAGGAAAAGUUGUUUAGAAUUUUUCCUUCAGUAGUUUAUGGACGUGGUUUGGCUUUUCUACUCCUCAGUCCCUUUGUUUAACCGAAAAAGCUGACUUUAGUUCGUUGUAUCGGGUGUCCGAAAAGGGUGCGUUUCAGCUGGCCAAGGCGAUUUCUUUAUCGGUUCUUGAGAUAAAGAUGAAAAUGCUGGUUAAAGAAGUUCACUGGCUGCAUCUUUAUGGAGUUUGAAGGUUUUAGCACAACAAUUACAUUAGACUACUGGAUGUCGAAAUUUAGUUCAAAAUCCAUUAUUCGGUUCUAAUGGGGGUGUUGAACUAAAUUUUGAAUAAAACUAAUUAUCGAAAUUUACUUGAAUCAUUGACGAUGAUUCUAAUUAAAAUAAUAAUUCAGACAAUUCGGAACGUUUUUUGCAUUCAGAACAGUCAACAACUACAUAAGACUCUACUGGAUUUAGUUGAACUUCUAUUCCAUUACACUCUAAUGUCUUUGUUGUGCCGAGCUCGUCGGACUGCGCUUUUAACACUCAACAUUUUCUUCCUUAACUGUGGAACGGAUCAGGAUAUCGCGUUGCGGUUUUGACUAAAAUGUUGCAAAUUUCCUGUUGAAUCAGACCGAAUUCUAAUUAAUGUCUCGAUUUUGAGUACAGUUGGCCACAGAAAUGUUGGAACUGUGGCACCUUCUUCCAGGCACCCGCUGUACGAUGACAUUCCGGGAAAUAGUGUUUUCGUUGUAAGCUAAACUUUGUUGAUGAUCGUAUUUUACAUGUUUUGGUUAAUUAAAUCAAGUACGAUUAA